AUGGAGCCUGGGUCCUCUUCAUGGCGCUCUUGGGCUGAUGAGGUGGAAGAAGAGGGGCACGCCGCCGCGGCCGGCCUCAACCCCAACGCGACGCCCUUCUUUGGCAGCACCGCACGGUCCGGACCCAACUUCCCCGGCAUCGACCCCAACGCUGAGCCCUUCUCCCCUGCCUCUGGGAGCUACGGCGCGAGGCUCUCCUUCACCGACUCUGAGGCCUCUGACGGAUCUGAGCCAGACUCGCCGCCGCCGGCGGGCAAGGGAAAGGAGCCCGCGCCGGCCGGGGGGUCGACAUCGGUCCCCCACUGCUGCGCUCCGCCGACUCCGGACACUUCAGUGCCAGAGCUGCCCCCUGCCCAGGAACCCAUCACUGAUGACAGUAUUCCAGGACGAUCAGCAAGCGAUGGAAGACGCCACUCCGGCCUCGUCGUCGUGCCUCGCUCCACGAAGCUGGAGGCCGCAGAGCGUGACCUCGGCCUGGCUCUGGUCGCCGUCAUUGCCGGCACCAGGCCGCAAGUGUCCCCUGCGAUGAUGCGCGACUAUCUUGCAACUUACCUCGGAAUCGUUGACGCCACGGAUUUGGAGGCGGUGCUGUACACCAGGGUGCCCAACCCCCCCUUCCACCUCAUCUGGCACCGGUGGAGGCGGACCUCGCUCGCGUCCGCCAGCUCCUUCUGCUACAGAGUUCUGGUGGGCAUGACGCACGUUCCCCUUCACGCUCGCUCUGUCGCGAUGGCACAGACAAUUCUGGGCCAGGCGUGCGCCUGGAUUGUGCCCGCACCACCGGAGGUGGCCCCAGUGGAUGACGACCGUGAGUUCUUUGUUGCUGCCUGGUGCCUACACCCAUGGCUCAUCUCAGAUGAGGAGUCCAUCUUCGUCCCGGAGCCUAGGGCUCGCGUCCCUGGUGAUGCGCUCGACCUCCGCGCGGACGAGUCUGUCCUCCAUGGCUUUCUGGGGCUACGCUAUCGGGUACGCCUUCGCAUCGUCGAAUGCCAAGACUGGAACACGCCGCCACCCUCUUUGGAAGGGGGUCUCGUUGGCGGCGACCCGGACGACGAUGACUCGGAUGACAGCAACUUCAAUCGACGGCACCCCGGCAUGGACCGAGGCGAUGACUAUACGCGCGGACCUCGUUUACGCAGGUUCACUAACGCCAAUGAUGAUGCUCCACGUCUUGGUGGGCGACGCGAGACCACCUUCAUGCCGCGACAGUGCAUCACCGUCGGCUCCGUCAGAUGUCCGCUUGUCUCCUUCGAACGGGUUGUGGUCGGACCCCGCUCGCUGGUCCGGCCCCCCUCACCACAGACGCAACCGUCCCUAUCCGCAUCACACACUGCCAGAUACUCGGCCGACCAGGAGCCCGUGCCACUCCUGCUGGACCACGCAGAGCACUCUCGGACACCGGCGGCCAAUAUCUCCUCCAACCCAUUGCUUCAGGACUUCUGUGAUGAUGCCCAUCUCCUCGGCAGCGGACCUACGGUUGAGCCGCAACACGGCUUCCUGGGCUCCCUUUUGGGCUCAGACCUGUCUCUUCUCGAGGCCCCACGGUCGGUGCAGCUGACUCCCCAGCUAGCGGUAUGCGCCUCACCUAGGAACCACCAGGUCGAUGACACCACCGCCCCAUCGACGCCUAUGGCCGAUGUGCCUGCUGUGCAGCCUGCCACGGUAUGCGCCUCACUUGGGAACCACCAGGGUGGUGACACCUCCGCCCCGCUGCCACCUUUGGCAGAUGCGCCUGUUGUGCAGCCUGCCGCACGCACUGCAGCCUCGGUUGCCUCCUUCAUUGACUCGCUGAAGCUGCCACUGGAGGAGCCCCUGGUCUGCACCCCACCGCGCGCCCGGACAGCCAAGAACGUCGACGAUGACUAG